UGAUCUGAAGAUAUUUAGAUAGGUGUAGAAUUCGCACAUAAGCGCAUCACGUGAAUUAAAAAUGGUACCCAUAUCUUCUUCCUUGUUACACAUAUUACAUGCAUCGUUUCUAUUAUAGACAAAAUGAACCUAUUACAGUUUUUGGCAACAUCUUUCUUUUUGGAGAUGGUUUCUCAUUUGGUGAGGGGACAUUCAACUAUAAGUAUUCAAAACAGUGCAUUUGUAUCAAACAAAAAUGAGGAAGGAUGUGUUAAUUAUGGAACAGUUUAUCCACAAAAUGAUCGUGUAAAUGAAGAUUGUGAAGUGACCAUAAACAAAAUGGAUAUACAUGAUUUCGUUAAUAAAAUGCGAGCACAAGAAUAUAAAAUAAGUCUGCUUAAAAUAAACUUAAAUGUUUCAGAGGACAUUAAAUUAAAGGUAAAUCAAACUAGUACUAGAUGUACAAUUUCGCCCUUUGAGUGGAUAUGGACAUUUAAAGGUAAAAACGGUGGAUUUCAGUAUUUGUCUUUGAUGAAGGAAUUUUCCUACUAUUCACUAAGCUUGCUUAACCACUACACUAUAUCUAUGACAUUCAAUCUAAAUUUAACAGGAAAUUGUUAUUUGAGAAUUGGAGACAGAAAUACUACCGAGCGGUUAGGAUUAGCCUUUUUACAAGUUUUCAAUCAGUCAUUUCAACAUGUCAAUGAUAUCGGAUUACGGUAUGGAUAUAUUUGUUAUUUAAGUAGGACAUACUUGGAACAUAUCAUUUACAUGUUCAGUAAAUAUAUCAUAAGUUCUAAGCAAAGUAUGGGUUACCGCUGCUGCCGAAAUGCUUUCAAUAAAACUACCCACGAAGACACAAUAUCGUGCACGAGUGACACAGUCAUGAUUGAUAGUGGUUUGUGGUGGAAUUUUCCUUAUGUAAUGGGUUGGCUUUUGUUCCUUUUCCUGCCUUUAUUAUUUUUACAGUGCUCUGAAUAUAAAAAUAAAAAUGUCAACGUCGGUCAUGGAAAAUGGCUACUAUCAAAUCCAGUAUCAUUCGGUACCGUACUGAGAAAUCCUUUUAACCGUGCUUAUGCCUCGGGAAAUAUUUGUUCGAGACUGUUGAAAAUCAUUUGUAUUCUCUUAACUUCGCUGUUCGUUAUUUUGGAAGUACUGUCGUAUUAUUAUUUCAUGAAUGACUUUGUCGUCAGCAGCACUAAGGCAGAAGUUCCAUUUAAUUGGAUCACUAUGGCUGCUGGAUAUUCAUUGAGUAUGGACAGUUUUCUGCCGUGUUUUGGAGGCCCGUAUAUUGCACUUGGGUUGUAUUACAUUUCAAGUGCCUUUCUGCUAUGUCUUCCAACUGACUUGAGUAAGUUCGUGGAUAAAGGAAUAGACGAUAAAGCAGAGAUGUUUAUGUCUUUAUUAACUGUUGAUAUGAGUACGAAAGGUAAAUUAGGAGCUAUAUUGAAUAUCCGCAGACAAGCAGGAUAUACACGACUUAAUUCGGUUCUUAGAGCGAAUAUUUACAUGCUGAUCAAUCCGACAUUUUGGGAUAUUGGGUUCCAGAUUCAAAAAAGGAGAUUUAAUGGAUUCAUCCAGGUAUUGACAAGAAAUAGAAUAUUAUGUAAAUUAGUUCUAACUGCUGUUCUGGUUCCAGUUUAUUUUUGUAUAUGCAUUAUUGAAUGGGUGCUAGCAAUAUUUAUGUACGGUUUGCCUGUCGUCGGAUUUUUCUUUAUAAUUUUAAAUGGAUAUUAUAAUACUAUAAGGGAAAUAAACACAAGGAGGACCGGUACAGCUAGCUUUGUUUUAGGCAUAACAAUAAUUGUACUGAUGUCCGUAUGUGUUACAUAUGACAUUUACAUUUUCUCACUACUUUUUAUUGAUAGUUUUAUCUUUUUAUGUCGGAUUUGUACGUACUCUUUCGCUGGACUUAUUGCCUAUCCGGACAUUACUUACGGCUACCUAGUGUUCACGAUAACAGUUAUGAUAUAUGUUACCGAAUGCAUACAACACGUGAAUGCUGUGUAUACAUACCUUUUUGAAACGGUAAAGAACAUCUGUAUAAAAAUUAAGAAAGAAAAACACAUCCAUGCCGUUCCAUUGAUUAGUUGUAAUGGAUGUACGACCUCUGUAUCCAAGCUUUUAUUUCGAUAUGUCGUUCGAUACUACAGACCCUUAAGGAUUGAAAUACUUUUUUCCUGCCUGAAACUGACUUUCAUUGUUAUUAUUCUUUAUAUGUCAAUUUCAAUUCUUCUCACAUUUAAAGAACUAAGUAAAAUGUCGACACUCACGCAAGCUAUAACAGCUCUUUUCAUUUGUUUAAUUCCAAAAUUGUGGCACAUGUUUGAGGAAAAGGGAGAAAAAUAUAAAGAAGAGACCAAAAUUGCCGAAAUUAAGAAUAUAAUUGAACAGUAUUGCAGAUGUUACAUUCAUAAACGAACUCCUACAAACAUUCAGGAUGAUAGUUCUAUCGUAGAUGAUAUGGAACAUGACACAAGCAACAAUACAUCAUCAGAUGACGAACUCUUACAGCAUUUACUUCUUGAUGUAGACAUCGAAUGAUCAGAAUUUACUAUUUAGUAACCAAAAUUGUAAAUAAAAAAUAAUAAAUAAACUCAUAAUACAAA